UAUUGUGAUUUCAUGAAUAGCAAUCUAAAAAUGUCAGGAAACGAAGAAGAGAGAGUCCAAAUUCGGGCUUCUCUUAAAGCUCAGAGUUGCUUCAAUAAUUAUCCGAAAUGGAAAGAAAAGCUGAGAGAAAAUUGUUACACAAGGGUCAGAGAAGAUCGAAGCCGCCUUCUUUGGAAAUUAAGGUUCGCCAACAAUCAGCCACAUCAGGAUCUCGUCAAGUCAUCUCUAGAGGACAUAGUUUCUGACGAAAUACAGAAAUUUAAGCACUCAUAUCAGAGUGAGACUUCUGAUAAUUCUAAAUUCUCCCUCGCACUGGAUGAUUCUAUAUGGGAAUAUGAUGGCCUUCAUGAAACUUAUCAAGGUGAUUGUGAGGAAAUGCUGCUCGAAAUGCAGAGGAUUUUCUAUGAAGAUCUCAGGAUGGAAGAAACAAAAGAGCAAGUUUCAAAUGAAACUUGGGAGGAUGAAGAAGAUGAGUAUUUGGCUCGUGCAGUCUACGAGCACAUGAACCUCAAUGAGAAGGCUGGCAAGGAGGUUUGGUGUCCCAUCUGCAAGCAAGGAGAGUUGAAAGAGGACUGUCAUCAUAUCUAUUGCUCUCCUUGUGGACUCAGGCUCAACAGAGAUGAUGAGGUCAAUCUUGAGGUGUUACGAAAUAGGUUGGAUGAAGCUCAUUCAGACCAUCUCGAUCAAGGAUGCAGGUUAAAACCAAAAUUCUGCGUUGAAACUAGAUUUGAUCUGACUGCUCUGUACAUAACCUGUCAGGGGUGCAGCAUGUUUGAGGUUGUAAUGUAGCCAUUUUUUCACUUCCUUUUUUGGUGUGCUUCCCUUGAUUGUAAUGUGGAGUUAUAGGUGAUACGUUUGCUAAAGUUGAUCAACCAAGUGGUGGGAACACUAUUUAUCUCGGUUUUGUGGUUAAUCCAACUGAUUCUAUACAAUCCUAUGUUCCCUCUUCUCUUAUCACACUAGUUCCAUUUUCUAACUCUAGAUCAAAGGACAAAAGUCUUUUCAUGGCACCACGAAUAAUAUUAUUAUAUUUUCUUCUUCAGCCUUCA